GCAGAGUUAGAAAAUAAAAAUAAUGACGACGCCAAAUAGGCCAAAAGGGACUGUGAGUUGUAUUAUUACCCGUAUGAAGCAUAUUAGCACGGUUAGUUUGCUAAUGUACACCGGACACAGCUCGUCGAGAGUCUCCUGAAAACCGAUCCUAAAUCUCAAGAAGAGCUCGAAAAAGCUAUAGCAGAAAAGCAUAUGGGAUAUGCUUUAGAAGCCGCCCAGAGAACUGGGGAGCUGGUACGUAUAUGUAUUAGUUCUGGGCAAUUAUGAUUUCAUGGGCUCAUGGAAUAGAUUGGCAAUAACUCUACAAAACCAGUCACAAUCUCCUCGAUUAGACUCUUGGGCCCCUCACGCACAAGGAGAUCAUUCCUCGAUGGCAUAUUCAAGCCUCUGCUUAGUGCAAACAGAAAUGGGCCAUAUACGUUGUCAGAAGCAUUGCAGGAACUCGGCACAGCUACAAAUAAGCUCCGACGGCAUGGUACGAUAGCCUCUCACUGAUGUUUGACCAACGUUGUUCUUAUCUAUAGUUAGGCAUUUUUCACGACGAUAUCUCCAUGUUCAUUGAUAAACCCGAUCCUACCGACCCCUCUUCUACUCCUUCCGAUAUCGACGUAUACAUCCGUGCGCGCGAGCGAGGUGUUAUUACAUUAAAGACUGGCACUGAUCUUGGGAAUGCCGAAGGUUCAGCGUAUGGAAAUGCACAAUGGCGCAACAUCUUUGGAGGCGCUGAAACUCUGAAUGUCAACGCUGCUACAGGCACCCGAACUCGUUCUGCGUAUCAGGCUACAUUUGAGACGCCAAUAUUGAGUGAUCCGGACAAGAGAGUAGCUGUGGAUGUUUUAUCGAGCGCGACCAGUAAGCCCUGGGCAAGUCACGAAGAAGUCCUUAAGGGCGGGGGCAUAAAAUAUAGCUGGGUUUCUGGCGGUGGUAGCACGCAUCAGGUUGGCUACAAUGGGGUAUGGAGACAAGUGACGAGUCUGGCCGGCAAAGCAUCACCCACGGUACGCAACGAUGCAGGAGAUACAGUCAAGAGCAGUGUUAGCCAUACAUGGACUAAAGACGAACGAAAUCACCCUAUAAUGCCGAACCAAGGAUACCUUCUUAAAACGAUCUCGGAAAUUGCGGGCUGGGGGCCUUUGAAAGGAGAUAUUGGCUUCUGGAAAUCGGAAAUAGAAUCUAGUGGUGCGGUCAAAGUUCCUGGCAUCCCAGGCGCAAGCUUAACAGCGGGUAUCAGGGCAGGAAUGUUGUAUCCUCUAGGUCUUGGGUUCGGGACUGCAGCCAAGCCGUCACGCAUAAAUGAUAGAUUUCAGCUCGGUGGACCAACGGACGUUCGUGGAUUUAAAAUUGGUGGCCUUGGACCUCGGGACAGACAAGAUGCAGUUGGAGGCGACAUCUACGCCGCUUCAUCUAUAAACCUCCUUCUUCCGUUCCCUCGUGUCGAUAUUUCUACUCCGCUACGCCUGCAGUUAUUCGCUAAUGCUGGCCGACUCCUUGCAUUCGAAAACCCAGAAAGGGACAUAAGCAAAAAGGUGUAUGGUACAAUCGCGGAGAUUGGUAAAGAGAUUCCAAGUCUGGCGGUUGGCGUAGGAAUGGUGUAUGCACAUCCGGUGGCACGAUUUGAAUUGAAUUUCGGUCUACCGAUCGUUGUUAGGAAAGGAGAAGAAACCAGAAAGGGCUUACAAUUCGGAGUGGGCAUCAAUUUUCUAUGAUUUAUGGAGCUUAGCGGAGUAGGGGCAUAUCAAAACUUAAAAGAAGGCAAAAAUGGGGGUUUAGGUUGUAUAAAUGUACUAUAUAUUGCAUACCAAUAGCUGUCUGUAGCCAGGUAAUUGGACAGGAACCAGGAAGACAUCACGACUUUAAACUUUAAGGUUAAUGCACUUCUGUGUAGACAGUUAAAAUCUGGUUGCCGUUUGCAGAUCGGUUGUGUAACACUGGGUAGGUACAGUAAACAGAUUUCUACAAAUAGAACGAUGAGCU